AUGUUUGCGGUCAUGCAGGGGGCCUCGCGUGGCGACGACGUCUACGAGGAAGACGAUUCUGUCCAAUCGCUCGAAGCUCAUGUUGCCAAUCUCACAGGACACGAGGCCGGACUCUUCUGUGCCUCCGGGACCAUGACCAACCAGCUUGCCUUCCGUGCCUCACUCCUCACCCCGCCUGCAUCGAUCCUGUGUGACACCCGAUCGCACGUGUUCAGAUACGAGGCCGGUGGGCUCGCGUCCCAUUCGAGCGCGACUGUCUAUCCUGUAGAGGCCAUUGCCACGCAGGGACACCACCUCACAGUCCAGGACCUCGAACGCGAAUUCAUAUCCGACGAUGAAGACGUUCACAUGGCUCCAACACGCUUGAUCUCGCUCGAAAACACACUGAGUGGAACAGUCAUGCCUCUGCAAGAGAUCCAGAACAUCCGUCGGUUCGCCAAGGAACGGAAUGUGCGUCUGCAUCUGGAUGGCGCCCGAGUAUGGAAUGCAGCCGUAGCAGAGGGAUGCAGACUUAAGGAUAUCACCAGCGAGUUUGACACUGUCUCUCUCUGUGUCUCCAAGGGCAUUGGUGCACCCAUCGGCAGUGUCCUGGUCGGCGACAAGGGAUUGAUCAAGAAGGCACGACACUUUCGAAAGAUGUUUGGCGGUGGAUGGAGACAGGCCGGUGGACUGGCCGCUGCAGCACAUUGGUGCAUUGAAAAUGUCUGGCCCACCAUGAAGGAAACACAUACAUUGGCGAAACAUCUGGCAGAGGGACUCGAACGAGAGGGGCGUGGGGCCAAGGUCUACAUCCCUGUGGAGACCAACAUGGUGUUCCUGGAUCUGGCUGGCUCAGGAAUUCGGCUGAGCGAGCUGAGUAGGCGGCUAGAGGCCGAGAAGGGAAUCAAGAUCGGCAAUAGUAAUGCCCCAGAGACCCAGACACAGGUCAGAUUGGUCCUACACUGGCAGAUCUCUAAGCAGGCAGUUGACGAUUUUGUGGAAGUGGUCAAGGAUAUGGCUUCCACGACAACUACACCAGCCAUGGAGACCCUUGGACAGGAUCGUAACAAAGCAGCGUACGGCAGUCGAUAA